CUACUUCAUAUUCUCUACAAUGUCUUCUUACACCCUUUACGCAACUAUAUCAUGGCACGCAACACGCUUAUCAUGGUGUUGGCACCAAUACCAUGUGCGUCUGAACCGAAAACUACCCGAGUUGCACCAAAUAUACGGAAAGACCGUACGAGUAGCUCCGAAUGAAUUGUCUUUUAUAUCGGAGGCGGCAUGGAAGACUAUAUAUUGAUCACGAUCAAAAGAGAUGAUGAAGGAUCCGGUAUUUUCGCUUAUUACACCAACGGGGAUAUACUUACUGCCGAUCGACCUACUCAUACCCGACAAAGACGCCUGCUCUCUCAUACAUUUUCAGAAAGCGUUGAGAGAACAGGAAGCGAUUAUUCAAAGAUACGUUAAGAAAUUAAUGGAACAACUUACCCUGCGAUCAAGCGAGGGACCACAAGACGUGAUUCGGUGGUUCACUUUCACUACGUACGACUUGAUCCGCGGCCUUUUGUUCGGAGAACAAUUUGGCUGCGUAGAGGAUGGAGAGUACGACCCAUUCGUCCAAUUAAUAAGAAAUAUUUCAAAGGAACUUACAAUGAUACAAAUGUUCAAUAUUACGGCUUCCUGGGAGCGCGCGCAACGAGUAAUUGCAACAGUAGACCGAAGAGCCAAGAGCAAAACGAACGGGAAAGAUUUUUUGCACUACAUCCUCGCCGCUAUGGAGACUGAUAAGGGCAUAGAUGGAUUCAAUACUUUUUCCUUGAGGAUCGCUGGUUCAGAAUCCUCGGCGACUUUGUUAUGUGGAUUUAUCUUCUAUACCCUCACUCAUCCUACAGUCCGCCAAAAAUUGAUCACGGAGGUUAGGGACGCAUUUCAAUCGGAAGACCAGAUUGUGAUGGCAAAUGUUCAUCAUCUUACAUAUCUGAAUGCCGUUCUGCAGGAAUGUUUGAGGAUUUAUCCACCUGUCGCCGUAACACUCCCUCGAGUGGUCCCUGACGGUGGUGAGAUGAUAGACGGAGGAUACGUUGCAGCCGGCACCACCGUCGGUGUGAAUCAUUUCGCAUGCUACCAUGACCAGAGAAACUUCCACCGACCGAACCAGUUUCUCCCUGAACGUUGGAUACCCAGUGCUGAAGAUAAAACUUCUCCUUUCAGUCAUGAUCAGCGCAAUUGUCUACAGCCAUUCUCGCUUGGACCCAGAAAUUGUCUAGGAAAGAACUUGGCUUGGGCUGAGAUUCGUCUUAUUACGACGCACCUGUUAUAUCUCUUUGAUAGGGAGCCGGAACGAAGUGUUGGCAAUCGGUGGACGGAACGCCAGAAUGUCUUUGGGUUUUGGGAUAAGCCGCCCUUGCUUGUUCAUUUGACGCCGAAGCAAAAAACAAGUACAUGA